AUGAUUGGUUCCGAAAAUGACUUCUGUGAUUUAUCACAAGACUGGUUCAUAAUCAAAGCUAAUCUAAAUGAAACACUUCAAGAGGCUCAUAUUCCAAGUCUGCGCUUCUUUCAAGAUGUAGCUAGAUGUCCUAGAAAAACUGAAGACUUAUCACCAGAAGAAGACCAGUGGAUAAGAUUAGCAUAUAUAGGAGGUUUAACGUGGGCCGAGCCAUAUGAAGGAAUUGCAACCGAGUUAGAUUUCAAUGAAUAUUACCUGCACAUCUUAGCUUAUAGGAGUACAUGCUGGCCAAUAGGAGGUCAGCCAGCAAGUCAAAAAUACACAAGAACUUUUUAUUAUAAUCCUGCGGGAUAUUACACUCACCAUGAUAUACAAAUGGCAAUAGAUCUAGGUCUUCACAUAGAAUUAUCCUCUGAAAGUCCUAAUGCUUUAAUAUUUGGGCCAAAUCAGCUUAUGCGCGGAGAUGAAAUUUUCUAUCAAUGGGCAAGUUAUCUUACAGAAAUCAAGCAUGAAGGCGGACAGGCAGAUAGACGAAGACCAGGUCCUCAUCGAUGCAUGGCACCUUUUAUUUUAGCAAAGGGACGCAAAACAGUAUCAGAAAAAAUCAGAUCACUAGGUGAUCGUAUAAAGCACGUCCAUACAGAUGGGUUUAUUCUUUCAGAGUGGACUAAUUUUGAAGAAAUAAUCCUAACCACAUCCACGAAGUUGAAAGAAUCAACCAUCUGUUAUGUAACUGCAAUGCCAAAUGAAAUAUUUGAAAGAAUUUUUCAAUACCACAGCAUAAAUAGGGAAAAAAUAAGUAUUUCCAGAGUCAAGUUUACUAAUGCAUUGAGUAAAAAUACAAAGCCAAAAUCAUGUGAACAAGUAUUAUCUCUGAAAUUUAUUGGAACAAUAAAUAUAGGACCGGAUGUAUACAUUUCUGAAGUGUGUAAGGCAUGCGCAAAUUUACAACAGCUAAGUUUUGAAAAUUGUGGGUCGCGUAUAAUUAACAAUAAAAAUUUAGAAGCACUUUUAGUCGAGUGUCCCAAUUUAAAAUCACUUGCAAUAAGAGGUUCUAGACGCUUAAGCCCAAGAAUACUUACAAAAAUUCCAAAACUGACUCCUAACCUGGAAACGAUAGAAAUUA